AUGUUGCAGCUUGAGGUUUCGGAAAUAGGACAAAACAGCUUCAGUUUCGGUGAAAAGGGCGCGGCAUUCCCACAGCGGCAGACGGUCAUAGUUGAUGACUUCAACGAGAAUGAGGCUAUCGGUCUCCAACAACAAGUGAGAGCACACCUCAUUUUGAACAUACCAGAAAGUCUUCUAAGAAUUCGUUCACUGCUCACGCAAUUUAACAAUUUUAGUGAGAAAGAGUUGGGGAUCAGCGUGAACUUGACGGGCGUCUUCUUAGGGACCAAGCACGCUGCUCGAGCCAUGAUGCCGUCUCGGAGAGGAGGCAUCAUCAAUGUCGAUAGCGUCAGCUCGAGCGUGGGCGGGGUCGCGUCCCACACGUACACCAGCUCCAAGCACGCCGUCAUGGGGCUCACGAGGAACGUGGCCACGAAGCUCAGGCAAUAUGGAAUUUGCAUGAACUGUGUCUUGCCUCAUUUCAUUUUAGCGCCAUUGACGAAGGAGUUCUUCAAAAUCGACGAGAGUACAGGAGUCCGAGUGUAUUCUAACUUGGAAGGGGGUGAGUCUACAGGAAGAAGAUGUGGCGAAGGCUACUGUGUAUUUGGGGAGUGA